GGUACUAAGGACGCAUUGCUUACCCAGCUGCAUUUGAUCCAUCAACCCCUUUCUCUAAAGAACUUCGUAUUUCUAAGUGCUAACCAGGGGAGUAUUAUACGGUAGCAUGUUUGUUAUCCUCGCCUGCAAGGCUGGCGGUAUGUUUGAUUGAGUUGCUCUCGCCCGCUAAUGGAAUUACGUGUUGGCAAUAAAUAUCGCCUUGGUCGUAAAAUUGGUAGUGGGUCUUUUGGAGAAAUUUAUCUAGGUACCGAUAUUACAAAUAACGAGGAGGUAGCUAUCAAAUUAGAAUGCGUUAAAGCAAAACAUCCACAACUGCAAAUUGAAGCUAAAAUUUAUCGGCUUAUGCAAGGCGGUGUUGGAAUUCCUUGUCUUAAAUGGUCUGGGACAGAAGGCGAUUACAAUGUUUUAGUUCUUCAACUACUUGGUCCUAGUUUAGAAGAUUUAUUCAAUUUCUGUGGUCGAAGAUUUAAAUUGAAAACAGUACUUUUAUUAGCUGAUCAAAUAAUUACACGUGUAGAAUAUAUACAGAAUAAAAAUUUUAUCCAUCGUGAUAUAAAACCGGAUAAUUUUCUUAUGGGCUUGGGUAAACGUGGCAAUCUGGUCUACUUGAUUGACUUUGGUUUGGCCAAAAAAUAUCGAGACAGUCGUACACGUCAGCAUAUACCCUAUCGAGAGAAUAAAAAUCUCACUGGAACAGCUCGAUAUGCCAGUAUUAAUACACACUUGGGCAUAGAACAAGCGCGUAGAGAUGAUAUGGAAUCACUUGGCUAUGUAUUAAUGUAUUUCUUACGUGGUAGUCUUCCAUGGCAAGGUUUAAAAGCUGGUACUAAACGACAAAAGUAUGAACGUAUCAGUGAGAAAAAGAUGCAGACACCUGUAGAAGUUUUAUGUGAAGGUUAUCCAGCUGAAAUGGCUGUCUAUUUAAAUUACUGUCGCGGAAUGCGUUUUGACAGUCAACCAGAUUAUUCAUAUUUGAGAAAUUUAUUCCGUAGUUUAUUUCAUCGUGAAGGAUUUACUUAUGAUUGUAUUUUUGAUUGGAAUUUAUUGAAAUUUUCUGGAAAUGAUCCAAAUUUAACAACCAACAGCACUCCAGCCAUUAUGAACAGUAAUAAUAGCAAUGAUCCUUUGGUUACAAAUCAGCAACAACAACAAACUGUUCAGUCAUCUCGAAGAGCUCAUCAUCAUGAAGAGAAAGUCAAGUCUCGCAACAAAGUAGGAACUGGUAAUCUUGGCUAUCCAGCACAACAACAGGCUACCACACCUCUAGUUCAUAAUUCACCAUCUCCUGCUGCAACUAAUUCACGUUCUGGUUUCACACAACAAGGUGUAGGUGUAGUAACCGCUUAUCCACGUGGUAUACCGCCAUCAUGUUUACCAGCUGCUCAAAGUAUGGUCGCUCAAUCACUUCAAGUAAUGAGUCUUCAACCACAACCUAGUAGUCAAACACCAUCUAGUGGUGGUGUUGGUAAUAAUGCGGCGGCAGCAGCCGCUGCUGCAAUAGUCAAUCAUCAUGUCCAACAUAUAAGUUCACAUCAACCACCAAACCAACUUACUGCAUACUAUAAUCAGUCUGUACAACAACCACAACAAAACAUUUCACAGUCACCCCAACUAACUACUUCACAAUUCACCAGUCCUAAUUGUCCUCCUGGUAUGUAUCUCAUCAAUGCUAAUAAUGCUAAUUCAAAUAAUACUGGUAUUGCCGGUAGCCAACAGCCAAAUUCUAAUAUAUAUCCUUCUAUGGAUCCAAAUUGUAUUAUACAACACCCAACAUCUCAGCAGCAGCAACAACAACAGUCACAGAGUGUUUGUUGUCUCCCUCCACAAGCCUCACAUCAUCCCAACACAAAUCAAAGUCAACAUCAACAAACAUCACAACGUCAAAUUAUCCAACCUAUACCUCAUCAUACACAACAAAGUUCGUAUUUAAUGACUCAACAGAAUUCGGUUGGUGGUGGUCAGGUUAUCGGCAGUGCAGCGAUCAAUUCAUCAUCAUCAACAACAACAGUUGAAUACAAGUACGUUUGCGAAUCAUCCACAUAACUUGUAUCACUUACGACUUCAUCCUGAAACUUUUUAUAUGCCGGGACAGUUGGUAAUGGUGGUACUGCUGCUAUCAGUGGUGGACAAACUGCAGAAAACUUCUCAACGCCUAUAUUAUCUCCAGGACAAGUUGGCAGUGGUAAUGCAUUUCGAAAAUAAAUCAAAAUAUUAUCUGUACUGUACACGUGAAUACAUUGCGGUUCAACUCACUAAUCAAGCGAAAAUUUUUUGAUUUCUUUUCACUUUUCUGUGCACAUGAUUUUACGCUUCACCUAAUAUUUAUUUGUGUCUUUGACAAUGGUGUAGGCGCAUGUGUAUGUGUCUGUGCCUCUUACCCUCUGAAUUUCUCUUAUGCUUAUUUGUUUGCACAAAUAUAAGAUGAGAGAAGAGUAUGCUUAGUUUUCUGGUAAGGAUAAGUGAGAUUCCAACUAUUAUACUAUGACUGACUCCAAUGCACCUUUUGUGUAAAUAUAUUUAGUGAAUACAAUUGCACAAGAGACACUGAGGGAUACGCAUCAAUGUGGAAAUAAUUUUGUUUGUGUUGGAAGUAGCUCAUUUCAUCUAGCUUCUUUGUAUCAUACAGAGAAGACAUAGAAAGGCGGGACAUUCAUAAUUGAAACUAUUCUUACUCUGUUCUAGUGAAAGGUAUGGCGAUGUCGUGGAUUGAAAUCAUGAGUUUCACCAACCUCUUCUUUUGCUUUUCUCUAUUUGUAUUUUUCUCUGUAUGUAUGUGUUUUUACAACUUCGCAUGAUUUCUUUUCAUCUGUAGAAUUUACCAAGUGUGUGUGUAUGUACAUGGCGAGGUGGGGGGUGGGAUGAUGCACAAAUCGAUCUCCAUUUAUUUAUUUAAUAAUUCUGUAAUUAAUUAAUCAAUCACUCUUCAGUUCUGCUUUAUUCUAUGGCUUCGGAAUUCGAUGAUUGCAUUUCCCUACUAGUGACAUUUAUUGAAACUCUUGUGUUAUUGUAACGGUAUAUGUGUGUGCAUGGUAUCUGUAACGGUUGUGGGAUAUUGUAUUCUUUCUACUCUCGUCUACACUGUUAGCAGUAGUAGUAGUGGUAGCAACUAAUGAAGGUUAACCGGGAUUCUGUUUCUUGAAAGAAAAUAACUUUGCAUCAUUUUAUUCGAAUAGUGAUUAUAUUAUUUUUCACAAUGCCUACUGUUAUGUAACUAACCACACUCCUCCAUUCAUAUUCUUAUCAUUGCUGCUACUAAUAACUAUUUAAGUAGUAUUUGCUUUUACUUUCUAAACAUAAGGCAAAGAAACGAUUCUUUUGUUUUUACCUUAAUUUGACUGUCCUCUAUGUACUUGUGUAUAGAUAUGUACAUGUGCACAUCUAUGUGUAUGUAUGUAUCUCCCCGUCUCUCUGGCUACCCCUAUCCGUCUUUUCAAUCUAAUUUAAUAAUGCUGACGAACAUUUUACGCAGCUGGUCAGUCGCCAUUCUACUACUAUCUGUGCUACGUGUCUGUUUUAAACCUUGUAGAUUUCUGUUUAGUCGGUUAGUCAAUCAGUCAAUUGAACUUGGUUUACUGUUUCUAUCGUUAUUACUAUUAUUAUUACUACUACUAUUCUAAUUGUCAUUUUGUAGAGAAGGGAAUCCGUUUUAUCCAACAUAAUCUGAAUGUAUUUCUGUAUAUAUAUAUAUAGUAGUUAUGCUAAAUGAUACUAAAAAAAUCUAUUAUUAGUCUGCUUAUGUGCCACUGGUUUGAUUUGAUUUAUGUAUUUUGCACUUGGGGUGUUCUGCGUGGGUGGAGGGUUACAUAUGGAGCACCUUUGCUGUUAGCUCAUCCAUUUGAUGAUCAAUUGUUGGAUCGCACUCUGUAUGCUUUGUUUUCCACAAAUGGAUGGCAAUACUGACUACAAAUUUCUGUUACGACUAAGUGUCGUUUUGUAUUGUGAGUUUAUAAAAAACCGGUGGAAAAUUG